CACAAACAGGUUUAUCAAACACAGCAAAUUUUGAUUUUCGCUUUCCUUUCGUCUGCUCUUUCCUUUCCAUUUCUACCGCAUCGCCAUCGUAUUUAAAAUUCUCCAGUGAGUGAAAAUAUAAUUUCCCCGAAAAUGUGGACGCACUGAAGGAUCAGCUGAUUAAAUCUGCCCCCGCGAUCCACGCGUCAAAAGGGACAACGACAUGAUCGCCCAGCGAUCGCUUUAAUCAGGCACACCAGCAUACUGUAUCCCACUGGCUGCAUCGAUCAGCCGCAUUCACUGUUCGUCUUGUGUGUAACGGAGAGAAAUCGAUCCAAACGCCCCGGAGCCCUGCGCAGCCAUCCUCACUCUGUCAGUCCCUUUUGUGUACUGCAUUCCGUUGGCAGCACGUGUGAUAGGGGCGCAGUAGCAGCUACUUUCGCUAGUCAUCGAGGAACCCGUUGCAUCCCGUCGUUGUGCUGACACCCGCGGACCUCCGGACUGCUUUCGUCCCGACAGGAUGGCGUUGGACUUGAACAGUAUUUUCCAGUACAUUCCGCAGGAGAAGAUCGCCGAAUGGCUGCGCUGGAUCGAGAAGAACCCCACCACCUUCAUAUAUUAUGUGAUCCUCAUCCUGUCGCCAUUCCUCCUGGUUAGUGCCUUCCUUUCCUGGAAAUUGUCCAAAGAGAUGCAGAAAGAAGCCAAAGAGAAGAAGCAGAAGGAGUCGCGGACCAAAGCCAUCCUGGCGGCCAAGGCCAGCCGGACGCCCAGCGGCAAGUCGGAGUCGGACGCCGCCAACGGCAAUACCGCCCCGGCUCACGACAAAAAGCACAAGAAGAAGAAAAAGUGAUGCGGCGGCACAUCCGUUCAUCCCUUUCGCCUCGUGCAGCACUUCGCCUGUGUGAUUUUCAUCCCCGUUGUGCAAGUCGUUUUGUUGCGCCACAGUCGCCAAUGAAUUUUCAUUUUUUCCCGUUUUGAUUGUUGCACUCAGGUGUUCGGACAUUUGAUUGUUUUUUGAUUGGUUGAAUUUUUGGUGUGUUUGGGUUAAUUUAAUUUUCUUCGAUUUGGCUGCUUUGUACAGUUUCGCUGCCGGUUUGUAUGCCAUCUGAAUUAUUACCAAAAAAAUUAUUAUUAAAAACACGGACAUUGGCUCGCCGUGUAAUUUUA